AUGGGGAUGAACCCUCAGCUUGUUGGGGCGGACAAGACGCCCAUCUCCACCCGUCGCCCAUCCCACAUUCCCAAAACCGCAAACCCCGCAUUUCUACCCGAACAGCUAAUCCUCGAGGACGACUCUCAUGCCGAGGACGAGUCUGACGUCGAGGAGGACUUUAUCGUCUCAACCACUACUCCACCAUCACAGUCAGAGCUCGUUCGUUCCAAGGAAUGGUGCUCACCGGCGUCACCCCGCUUCGACUGGCCCAGAAUGGCUUCUAUUACCACCCUUCAGGAGUCAACGACUUGGCAUGCUGUUUUGCCUGCCAAUCAACCCAGCACCUAUCCACCUUCCAACGCACCCCUUUCGAGGAGGUGCAACAACUACACGAGGAAGACUGCAUAUGGCAGAUAA